CUUCCUUCCUUUCUUGUAAUUUUCUGCAGCUUCCUGCCUUCCUCCUUCGACAACUCUCACAUCCCACAUCUCCCUUAUCGUGGAGAAAUUGAAGAUUCAUCAUAUGCCUCAGGUCUCUCGCCAUCAGCACUAAGAUCUAGGUCUCUACGUCGUUCUCCUCAAGAACCCACUUUCAUACCCCCCUCUACGACUCCGUGCGGUAAAAAGACUAGGCUUUUCUUGACUUUACUGUUCCUUUUCUCUCCUCUUAUCCUUAAAGGUUUCUUCCUACCGCGAUGAUUACCCCUGCGGGAGUUACCGACGCCAUGGCGGCUACUGGAAUACCUUCGCUUACAGACUUACUUGGCCAGUUUCCGGGCGGAGAGCCCCCCGAGGGCGUUAAGGUUGAGGCUGAUGUCUCUGUCUCGUCUGACGGACACAUUGAUGAGCUUCGGGGCGAUGGCAUCAACAACGAGCGCUACGGCUACCCCGAUGAGCGUCAUGUUUCUCAUGAACCAGAGCCGGACGAUUUCGUCAGCCCAGUACAGCCAGCCAACGUAUGCCAUGUUCCAAUCAGUAUUCCCGAGAAGGCUGCUUCUUUCAAUGCGUGCACACCUGUGAUCAAGAAUCCACAUUUCAGUGGCCAUGCAAACGCACUUAGUGUUCUGGCAAGCAUGGGCCGUGACGAGGAAGCGGCUACUUCUGCACCAGUCCUCGGCUUGUUGACGCGCGCGGCGCAGCUUCUUCUUUGUCGCGAGACGGGGGCUAGCGCCUCGUUGUAUCCGAAUGUGUCGGAAUGGGACGUACGCGUUGCCGACCUGACAAACUCUUCCGCGGCGAUGACAUGCUACCCAGGAUACGUUCCAGUCCAUCUCCCGUAUGAUAUGAGCUGUGUGGCAGCACAGGCCCUUAUAUCAAUAUGUGUCCCCGGAGGGGCUGCUGCUUAUGAUUGGCGUUUUCGGCCCGGUGGUCCAGAUAAUGACAGGCGAGCAGCCAUGAUGCCUGCCUAUGCUCGCAAGUUGUACCCCGGCGGCAAUGCGCAGGUACUGAUGAUUACCGAGCACGCAUCCCGUUCCUGGGUGUUUGGUGGUGCUGCGUUCACACGAGCAGGUCUCAGAGACCUCGAGAGGUGGCUGCGUGCCAAGUUUGGACAUGGACUGGUGGAUCAGGCGUUCAAAACGGCUGCCGCACUGGGCCACGUUUACGUGGAGCCCCGCAUAACUGAGGGUAGCCUUGGGGAUAUGUUUGACAUUGAGCAAGCGACCUGCACUUACGACGGCCAUGAUCUCAGCAGCAAUGAUUUUGCAUGGGAAGAUGACGGCGGUAAUCCCAGAGACCCCAUCCUCCGUGGGCCGGUAGUGGACCAAGAACGCAGGCCUCUCGGUUUCGACGACGCCGUUAUCAUUGCACUCCGGGCGCUGCAUGACAAUCCAAAGGCUAACGGGCACGCAUCUUCCACUUCCCAAGCAUGCCAGCCAGUUGAUUAUGAGAAUGCGUGCCAUCCUCACACCUGCUCUCGCGUUGACAACAAACGGAAGGUAGCAUGCGAUGCGCCUCUGGUGGACGUUCUCCGGUGGCUCCGUGAUCCCACUAAUGUGCAAGACCCCAAUAUUGUCGAUUUUGCACAAGGAUGGCUCCAGAUGCUGGACGGCGGCUUGUCCAAUCAGUAUCUCGGGUAUCCCGAGGAAGAUGACUGGAGUGCAAUGACGAAACUAUGCGGUUUUCGUAACUCUUUUGGGCACCAUGACCAUGCCGCAUUCUGUCUCCCUGGAUUCAAUUUACGCGCUCUCACUCCACUAUUGUCGGGAUUUCAUAUUAUCAAUGUGAACUUUGGGAUACAAUCGUCGCUAGAUGCUGAAAACAGGCGAGACCGGUUGCGGCACUACGUACACAAGAUGCACAUUGCACACGUUUUCUCCUGCGUUGGAAAGAAUAUCUGGCCCGAUAUGCUUGACCUUGGAGGCUAUACGCAUGCACAAUUGGCAAUUCUGUUGCCGCGUGGCCUCCAGGCCCUUACCUACUUGAUAGAUGGCGGCAGAUCAAAACUCAGUGCUCCUAACUGGCAGAUACUUGAGCCAGUGCACCGGCUGAAAGGUACUAGGUCUAAGACGGCCUAUUAUGGCUACACCUAUGUCGGCGAGUGGGCGAUGCAUGACAGCUGCGUGGAUGUCAAUAACAGCUUGACAAGCAUAGCCGCUCUCGACGCGGCCUUACGGAAGCUAUGGGUUACCGGUGGCCGUGUCAAUGUUGUUAACCACAUGGAGCAACCGUUUACCGCUGUACGUGACCUGAAUAAUUUGUACGCGCCGCUCUCUUUUGCGCCUGUCGUGCAAGAAGGCAGUUCUAUAAUCAGCGUGCAACUCCAUGGUGCAGACAGCCAUACACUUGGCCAAGGCCAUGCCGACAGAAUGUACGCGGUCGUUGCGCGCUGAGAGUGAUACUGGAAUCUCUUCAGAUUAUUGUUAUAGUAUGAAAUAGGCAGACUGGAAAUGAAAUUAUCUGAAGAGAAUUAGCUAUUCCUAGGAACUCGCAUGCGGAGAAUGCAUUCUAGG